GGAACGCAUCGCCGCAUCGCUCUAUUGUACGUGAUUGUACCGAACACCGGUAACCCGCUGGCCAGUUGUAGCGGCCACUGCUCACAUCCGUUGUUCGUGCACACUUGAUAACAACCCUAAUAGUUUGCAAUCAAGUGUUUUAUGUCUAUUGACAUUCAUUUAAUUGUUAAUUAACAAACCGACGCAGGUUUUUGCAGUAAAUCAAUCAAAAUGAUCAUUCCGAUCCGGUGCUUCACGUGUGGAAAGGUCAUAGCAAACAAAUGGGAGAGUUACUUAGGCUUACUACAAGCUGAAUAUACAGAAGGUGAUGCUUUGGAUGCACUUGGACUUAAACGAUAUUGUUGUAGACGUAUGUUACUCGGUCACGUUGAUUUAAUUGAAAAGCUUCUCAAUUAUGCGCCGCUUGAAAAAUAAUUUUCAAGAACAAUUUUAUCCUAAAAAUUUUUUUAAAAUAAAGUAACCUGUAAGAUGUAA